GACAGAGAUUGAUUUAUCAUUGUUAUCUCUAUAUAACUCAAGCCAAACAUCUAGAACAACACAUUUUACUUUCCCAAACCUUUCACACCUUAUAAUAUACAUACAACGAAAAUGUCCCAAAACCGUCUUCCAGGCUCCACCCGCGGCGGCGCCAGCGCCCAACCCACACCAGCCAACAACUCCGGCGGAGGCAGCGGCUGGGGCGACGAGGGCUAUCCCAAGGGAGGAGGUCUAGGAACAGCGAACCAGACGUCGUCGGACGAUGGGGUUCCUUCCGACAUCCUCACCACGCCCGCCCUGCAAGGAAUCUCGCAGCAAAAGCAAGCCGCAGAGCAAAAGUUCAUGAAUCGGUGGGAUGAAGGACAUGAUGAGCGGGAGGGAACUUGUGCUACGGAAGAUCAUAGCUUCAUGGGCACGAAGCCUGGUGGGUCGGAUGCGUUGCCCGGUUGGAAUGUGCUGAAGGAUAAGUUGGGAUUUCUUUAUCCGGAGUAAUUGGGAUUUUUCUUCUGGGGUUGGUAGGGUUAAUGAAUGAUAUGAAUGAAUGGUAUCAAAUGAAAUAUGGUUUUGGGAAUUGAGAAUUUGUUAUGUAUUUAUUGGGGAGGGAUGUUAAGAGGGGUUGAACAGGCGUUG